AUGAAAUUAGAGAUUAUUUCAAUCAUAUUUUUGCUGGCUGCUUUUGCUGACACUGAGGGGGCAACUAUCAAGCAAGAUGAGAACAAAAACGUAGCUGAAUCCUACUCUUCUUACGAGAAAGCUUUUUUAUGGUCAUUGGACAAAUGUAGAGAUCUACAAACUUAUAACGUUAAAUUCAAGGCAUUAAAAAACUUUUCGGUUUGGUUAAGUGAGAAAUGUGAACAAAUUGAGAGACAAGCUUAUGAUCAUUAUGAAGCGGAUCUUUAUCGACGACCUACAACUCGACGAACGACCAGACCACCAUCAGCAACAACCAGACCACCAUCAGUAUCAACCAUACCGCCAUCAAUAACAACUCGUUCCCCUCCUAUUAUUCCUCCAUCAUCCACAACAAGAAACACUACAAAUGAGACCACACCAUUCCCAUUGCCACCACCCACUGGAGGGCCAGGUGGUGUCAUUAUUCCAACAAAUUCACCAAAUUCUGCAAACUACGAAAAAUCUUUAAACAUUUUCUUUUGGGGAAUGAUGAUGAUUAUAAUUGUUAUUCAAACUUUUAACUAA